AUUAGAACUAUUUUUCAAUUGAUUUAGAUUUUCCAAAUGAUUAAUGUGAAGUAGAAUUGAAUUGACUCUCAACUCACUUCAGAAUAUUAUUAUUUCCCAACCUUUAUUAAUUUUUUUUAGUGUUUAACCUCGUUUUCAUUUAAAUAAAAUAAUAGUAAUAAAGUAAAUAGUAAAAUAUGAAUAGUAUUGGAGAAGAAUGUACAGAACUUAAGAAGAAAUACGACGACUGUUUCAACACAUGGUUUUCUGAGCGAUUUUUAAAAGGCGACCACGAUGAUUCAAUGUGCGCCGGUAUCUUUAAAGUUUAUCAGGAAUGUGUUAAGAAUGCUAUGAAGCAACAGAAUAUAGAUUUUAAAGAGGUUGAUAAGGAUAUAUUAGGUACAGAGAAUGAAUUCAAAGCACCACCAGAUGGCACAAGUUGACACCAAUUUAAUGUAAUGUGUGCUUUCAAUCCAGUUACAUGUUGGAACAUUUUCUAUGGAAACUUCAAAUGCCAGGAGCGUGACAAAUUAAAGUACAAAGAAGAAAAUAAAGUAAACAGUUUAUAUAAUGAAACAGACAUUUAAGUUUAUUUCUGUGUAUAUUUUAAUUUAUAAUAAGGAUAAAGUAAUACAAUUUUAAGCAAAUAUGCUUACUUACAUAUAUGGAUCUCUAUUUAAUAUUUUUAAAAUGUCAAUUUGAAAUUAUUUGCAUUUAUUUUAUAUGACAAUAAAAUGUAUUUUACAUUUCUUAUUCUACAAGCAUGCAUUACUCGGUAAAAGUAGAUGAAAUAUAGCUUAAUAAUUAUUAUAAUAAAAUAUAGCUGUGCAAUGUUC